CACAUUUGCUGAAACACAAAGAGGCAACUUCUUCUUCUUCUUCUACUCUCUCUCUCAUAUCUCUCAAAGUCUUUUUAGUUAUAAGAUUCGAAAAUUUGGAAAUCAUUAAGGUUUGUCAUUGGGAUCGUACUGGCUGUGAUCUUGAUCCCUCUGGCACCGGAGGGGAAUUGUUGUUUGUAUAGUUCAUGAUGGGAUUUUGCAUUUGCCCGUUGGAGUCACCUGCGAGACUACUGUGGAGCACUAGCUUCUUCCGCCAUAAGAUCAUGAUCUUCUAAUCCUAUUUCUCUUCUCUCUAUAUUAUAUAUCUCUUCUAAUUUAAUAAACUCAUCUCUCUCCCUUCCUCUUUCUUUGGUUUCUUUCCUCUCUCCAAGAAGCUGUGUUUUCAAUCCCCUCUUUAUUUCAAAUGGAAUCCAAUUCGUUUUUUUUCGAUCCAUCUGCCUCACAACAUGGCAACAUGUUCUUCCUUGGCAAUCUCAAUCCAGUCGUCCAAGGAGGAGCAAGAUCGAUGAUGAUGAUGAACAUGGAGGAAACAUCAAAGCGAAGGCCCUUCUUUAGCUCCCCUGAGGAUCUCUACGACGAGGAAUAUUACGAUGACCAGUUGCCCGAAAAGAAGCGUCGCCUCACCACCGAACAAGUGCAUCUGUUGGAGAAAAGCUUCGAGACAGAGAACAAACUGGAGCCAGAACGCAAGACUCAGCUUGCCAAGAAGCUUGGUCUACAGCCGAGGCAAGUGGCCGUGUGGUUUCAAAACCGCCGAGCUCGUUGGAAAACAAAACAGCUCGAGAGAGACUACGAUCUUCUCAAGUCCACUUACGACCACCUCCUCUCUAACUACGACUCCAUCGUCAAGGACAACGAUAAGCUCAGAUCCGAGGUUACUUCACUGACCCAAAAGCUUCAGGGCAAAGAAGAAGAGACGACAGCUAAAGAACCACCGGGUCAAGUGCCCGAUUCCAACCUACUUGAUCCGGUUUACAUAAACCCGGCGGCAAUCAAAACCGAGGACCGGUUAAGUUCAGGGAGCGUUGGGAGUGCGGUACUCGACGAAGACGCACCUCAACUACUAGACAGCUGUGACUCUUACUUCCCAAGCAUCGUACCCAUCCAUUCCCAACAAGACGACAGUGAUCAUGACCGGACUUGUUUCUCUGACGUCUUCGUGCCCACCACUUCACCGUCGCACCAUCACGGCGAAUCAUUGGGACUCUGGGGUUGGCCUUAAUUAUAUUCUAUAUAUUUAUAUAUGUGUGUUUAUUAUUAAGUACAACAGUCAUAUGUCGUUUCGUUUCCAUGUUUGAACACUCCCCGCAUAACUGUGGGAUCAUUCAACAAUUUCACGGUAUUUGAUAAGUUUUAGUA